CGCAAGAACAGCGUCGUUGGACAUUCGCAGCAACUGUGCCUUAUUUUUCGAGCGUGGAAGGUUCUCGGCAUUAAUUGAUAUUACCCGUCGUCCGGAGACUCUUUGUCUGUGCUUGUUCACACACCCUGGUGCCUCAGGCGCAACAAUCCGCACCCACACGACCCCUACCCAGUCGACUUUUUUCAACCUUCAGCCGAACCCCCGAUCGAGCAUGUCGUGGCACUACUAAGCCAUUGGAAUCUGAGCGAGUAGUGAUUCUGUCGCAAGGCGCAGCGGCAGAAUAGCACUACAGAUGCUGGAGCGAACAGCGGCCGGCCUCGAGGGCGGCCAGCUCCAGCGCGUCAUCUGCAAAUCGGCCACGACAUCACGGCGACUGCAUCAUUGUCGACGCAGAUUACACUCUUCUACUAGGAGAUCAUGUCUUCUAGUAAAGGACGAUAAUAAUGGGCAGUUAGUGGCAGCUGCAGACGCCAAGUCUGCUGUGGCAGCUUCGCCAAUGCUGAUGGACUUUUUGUAUCCCAGCAUCGGUCAAUGUUCCACUCGCAUAGCAACUUUGAAUCUAAAUCAGAUACAGAAGACGACAAAGUCACAUUAUGGUCAGACAAAACGACUGUUUAGCUCAGCACGGCAUGUACAAGAUGCUUCGUCGAGCGAUGCCACGCUGCGCUUUAGCGACGGCGAGACCAUUGUACUGUCCGGCUCCGAAUCGAAAAUAGCAUCUCAUGACGAGCCCGCAUUGCAUAAGAAGAGCAACUCCAAAGAUCAAAGCGAAAUUCAAAAGACAAAGGAAACAGUUCGUGCAUUACAAGAUCUGCUGUCGUUCCCAAUCGAAGUGAAAUACCACGAAAUCUGGGACCUCUACCAGUCGAUCCCUGAGGCCGACCAAAAUAAGUACCGCGAGCAGGUCACUAUAUACCUCUCGAAAUCGAAUAGUAUCGUUGAAGGUGGCAGAGCCCUGUAUCUAUUCCAGCACCAAGAUGAGACUCUGUGGACAAACGAACUAGUUGCUGCUGGCAUCCGCGCCAUGUUGGUGUCGGGAAACUUGCAAAUGGCAGUCGACACGUUUGAAAAGGCCUUGAAGGCGAGAGGCUUUGCAGGAGGUGUUGAGCACAUCAUCAGCAACGCUAUUCAAAGGCAGGAUUGGACGGUGGCCUUGAAUACUUGGAGAAAAUAUUACGAAGCACUGCACGCGAAGUCACACGCCACCAACGACACGGCAUCAAGCAAGUUCAAUUCAGCCACCAUUGACCGCACCAUCCAAUUUUUACGACCAAUUGAGGAAAUCCCAGACCUAGGAAGACGAUUCCUGCACUUUGAGCAGCACCUUCGAUCGACCAUGAGCCUAGCAAGACGGUCCAAGGACGCGCUAGACGAUUUCCGACACAAGUUUGCAGAGGCAGCUCUCCUCCAGGCAUGCCCUCCGAAAGAAGCCAUGGAAAUCCUGGCCAUUUUCCAAGAAGCCAACAUGUACAAGCGCUACAUGGAACUCAUGCUCCGACGACUCAAGGACAGCGAAACAACAAAGGUAUCCCUGGCUCAAAUGGACACCAUUUACCGUGCGUACCGACAGCUCCCCUAUCAUCAAAUUCCCCGAGGCGUGCUCAAGGGCAUGUUCAAACUCUACUACCCGGACAACGUUGCCGGCCUUGAAGAACUCUACAAGGAUUGGCACGGUUCGCACGGCGAACUCGACCGCUGGGGCUUUGAAAAGUACAUGAAGUUUUACGCUGCAAAGGGUGAUGUGCAAACUGUCCAGGACCUCUGGAAGCGCUAUGUCGUCAACUUUCCACUCAUGCUCAAAGUGCCCAUGGGCUUUCGCAGCAUCAUGAAUGUCUACGCGCAAGUCGGCGACGUGGAAGCUGCGGAAAUCCAACUCAAGAAGAUGGAGACCGAGUACAAAGUCAAGCCGGACCUAUCUACAUGGAACGCCCUGCUUAAAUGCUACAUGCGGGCCGAGGACUACAACAAGACCAUGGCCUGCUUUGACGAUAUCUGCACGCGCUUCACACCCGACACAUUCACCUUUGCGCACGCCAUGGCCAUGAGCGCCAAGAAGGGCGACGUCGACAAGACGCUAGAGCUGUUCAACAAGUCGCAGGCGAUGCGAGUGAAGAUCUCCAAGGAAAUGUCCAUGGGCCUCAUCAUGACAUACCUGCGCAGCGGGCGAAUCAAAGACGCCGAGCAAAUCUGCAUGGCGCUCGCCUCGCGCGGCGCAACAAGCAGCCUCGUCUGGAACGAGCUCAUCUACCACAACGGCCUCCAGGGCAACAUUGCCAAGUGCCAGGAGCUGCUACAGGCGAUGAAGAAGGCUGGCGUGGCCUGGGACCACCAGACACACGAGUUCCUCCUGCAGGCCCUCGUCAAGGUCAAUCAGAUCCAAGCGGCCUUCCAACUCCUCCGGUCUGCCUACCGCGACGGCCUCUUCCCCGUCCGUGCCGACCACUUUGCCAUUGUGAUUGCCGGUGCCACACGGGCCGGUGAAACAGCCCUCCUCGAGCCCCUCGAGGCCGCCAUGCGUGCUGCCGGCUUCCGCACAUCCUUCAACGCCCAAGUCUCCCUCGCCGAAGCCGCAUACACCAAGAACCCAACGGCACAACGCACCCGUGUCCUCGCCGCCGACAUGGUCACCGCGCUCCGCGAGCAACCUGCAACCUCAAACCCCGCCGAACUCAAGCAACUCACACGCUUCAUCGGCCGCGCCGCCCACAUUCUCAUCCAACUGCGCGAGUUCGAGCACGCCGAGUCCCUCGUCACCGUAUACACCUCGCUCUUCCCGUCCCCCACGCUCCCGCCCAACCUCGUCGCCGCCCUCAUGCAGGCCUACCUCCGAGAUAACCGCCACGCAGACCUCCUCGCCCUCUGGACACGCCACUACGACACCCUCUACGCCACCAACAAACGCCCCGACUCGCCCACCAUCUUCCCCGGCCCGCGGUACUCCCUAUCCCGGCCCAUCACGAUCCUCGCACGCUCCCUCCGCGCCCAGCGCGACGGCACCACUUUACUCUCUAUUGUCUCGCGCGCCACAGACGCCGGAUUCCGCUUCACACGGCCCGCAGCCAACACUCUCGUGCAGGCCCUCGCGGACCUAAACCAGUGGCACGCCGCCAUGGCCAUGUGCGAAGCAACCCUCAUGCCCGGCUGGCGCGGCUGGUCGCCCGGCCCGUCGUCAUCUUCAGGCAAACUGCUCACGAAUGUGCGAUACCUCGUGCCGUGGCGCGAGACGGUACUUGCGCUACAGCGCAACUGGUUGCGUCUACGAAGACUGGCAGCGUGGUCGGCGAGUGUGAGUGCCGACUUCAACGACACGGAGCGCAAGUACCCGCUGCUUCACCAGGCGUUUAUGGACACAGACUAUGAGAAUCUGCCGGUGCAGUGGAGCGGUGGUGGUGGUGCGGCAGAUACACUGGCGCGCGCGAUGAGUAUGAAUAAGGUGGCGAAGGAGGCGCUGCAGGGUCUUGAGCUGGCGGAGUUGGUGGAGAUGCGGAGGGUGUUGGAGAAGGAGUUGCGGCUGCUGGAUAGGAAGAAGAAGGCUAGAAAGGCUACCGAGCGAACAGUGACAUAAGUGUAGUGUAAGAGUAUGUAGAUUUGUAGUUGUUGUAUAAUACCUAACUGUACGAUAUUGAAUAGAACAAAAUAUAAAGAAUGAAUGGCAGUCCCAUAGAAAACACAGUACUAGUGUAGAUGAUGUUGUAGAAGGAUGAUACGGAUGG